AUGGCGGAUUCGACGAGCGAAACACCCGUCUAUGGUCCACGUCCAUAUGGCCUUACAGACGACGAUCAUCGUGGUGUGGUUUUGACCAUGACUAUCUUGUUCAUGGUUUACGCUGGCAUGGUACUUGCUAUGCGCCUGAUUGUGAGAUAUCGAAACAUGGGAGUGGAAGACUGGUUGUCUCUGGCCGCCACGUCACUCGCAUUUCCGCAAUUCAUAACCAUUCUGGUUGCCACGGUCGAUGCAGGAUUUGGAGCUUCCUUUUCGCUUCUCUCCUCUGACGACACUACAAUUGUUGCUCGAUGUAUUCGAGCUGCCGACGUAUUAUUUCUCCUGGCUCUCUUCGUCAGCAAGUGCUCCGUCAUCUGGUUCUGUCGACGCCUGUUUACAGUCAGUGGGCAUAAGAUGCCCAUCAUAACCGAGGUGGCCAUGGGUGUUUGUGCAACGUGGUGCUUGGGAUCUAUCCUAGGUGUCACUUUAGGGUGCGACUCCAUUGCGAUGAUACACGCCCGUGAUGGUCGGAAAUGUGGAACCCUGGUCUCGCGUUGGGCGGCCGUGGGUGCCCUGGACGCCGUGCUCGAGAUAGGAAUCUUGGUUCUUGCUGUCGGAGUCAUCUCUACGCUCCAAAUGACAUGGAAGAUGAAGUUGCAAGCAUCAAUGUGUUUUAUUCUGAGACUACCAAUCGUCGUCCUGAUAGGACUGAACAUCAAAUAUGUCGUCCGGUUCAACUCGGCGUCGAAUGCCGGCAUGGCACUCGUCAGCCCUGUGCUUUUCCGCCAGGCCGAACUCUUUUACGCUCUUCUAUCGGCGGCGAUCCCGUCCCUCAACCAGUACCUGCGAAAGUUCGACACUUCGCACGCGACACAUUACGGAUAUCGAAGUACCGCCGACGAGUCGAGAGGGAAUACCUAUCAACUUGACUCUAUGCCGAACGGCAGGAGCAAGAGCAAGAACAGGAACUGGAACCGGAGCAAGUCAACUCCGACGAACGCUUCAGGAGAGGCCUAUGACGCCGAGGAAUUUGGCAAGAGCACAAACGUCCAAUUUCCCGCCACGGGCUAUUCUGGGUAUCAAGCACAAGUCCAAGGCCCACGGAAUUCCAAGGCCAACGAUGGCAAUUCUACUGGAUCGCAGGAAGACGUGUCUACUGGGAGAGCGGGGAGCGAAGACCACAUUAUCCGUAAGAAUGUGGUAUACGAGGUGCGACAUGAGGAGUAUUGA